CAAUUAAAACGUGACGGGGCCCAUGUCACUCACUAAUAAAAAACCAUCCACUUUCUCACGGGGCACUCACACUCACACGCAACGUUACGUUACAACUAACUCCUCCACAUCUGGCUACGAUCCUCGACCCCGUCUGACCCAACAAUCUCCAAGGCCACAGAGAGGUCAAAGGCCACAAUGACAAUUACAGCUACAGGCGCUUCUGCUCACUAAUUUGCUGGCUCGCAGCGCUGUGGCGGUUGUCGCGUGUCGCCUGUGAGAGAGCGUGUGCGUGAGCGGGCGCUUUCGCUGUGCGACGUUGAUUUUGAUCUCAUGGACGAAUUGGAGGCGAUAUGAUACAUUACUACUACCAAUUACCACUUACCUACACCUACUCUUCUUGCUCUCCCUCUACUUCCAUGACAGCGUGAACUGCACUGCACCGCACUGAACUGAAUUCGACCAGACCGACUCCCCCUUGCAACGUCGACUCUUUUUCUGCUUCUUCUCUGCGGGACUCUGUUGUCGUCUGCUCCGCUCUACCCGUCCCUUCUCAUGCUUUGACCCCGUCAACUCCUGGCAUGUCCCAUCAGAGGUGGCCCAUCUCCAUCUUCGUGUUGUUUCCUUCAGAUCUCCCCUCGUCUGAGCUACCUAUCCAGGAACCUGUGCCUGUCCAUCAGACACCCUCCACCUGCUAGUAGCAGCAGUAGUUGGUCCAUCCAUCGGGGCGUAAGAUUCUCACCCUCACCCCAUCCCAUCUAUUCCUUCGAAGGCGGUUGCUUCAACCUCUUCUUUUCGCAUUCUCUUGGACUAUUUACAUUCUGCCGUGUCCAUGACUCAAACCUUCUUCCUUUUCCCCUUUCGUUUCUAUUUUCCAUAAUCACUCGUUACUAUCAUGUCAGCGACUUUUCAAAAGACACUCUUGGCUGCCAUCAUCAAGAGCCUCCUUCGGGGGAAAUCACUGGUUCAGUCACUCUUGGCUUACUGGGGCAGCUCUCUGGGGCUUGAGACAAACACAAAGACGCGAUUCGCUAAUACGCCACGCAAAUCUGCCCAAGACUUCCUCAAAGAGGCAGAGGCUCUCUUCCUCGACCCUGUCAGUCAAGAUGGCCUGCAAGAACUAUCUAACAACCUACGGAAACAACUCCUAGAGCGACUAGAAACUGAUAUGGAGUGUAUGCUCCCGUCAUACAGUCAUCAGCUGCCAAGAGGUACAGAGGUCGGCCGCUUUGUGGCAUUGGAUGUUGGUGGUUCGACCCUCAGAGUAGCAUUGGUGGAACUGUGUGGUCGCGUGUCCAAUAUUGGUGAGGAGAGCAGGAUUGUGAGCAUGAGAAACUUCCACAUCACACCCGAGAUCAAAGCCCUAGAAGGCAUGUUGUUCUUCGACUGGAUGGCCGAGAAAAUACUAGAGACUCUAUCAGCAGAGCUAGAGCAGCAAGAUAGAUCUGAUGGACCUUUGCCUAUGUCGAUGGCAUGGAGUUUUCCCAUUGAACAAACAUCACUGGCAGGUGGCAAGUUGCAAGGGAUGGGCAAGGGCUUCGCUGCGUGCAACGGGUUGUUGGGUCAAGAUCUUGGAGAGAUCGUACGAACAGCCUGCUUGAACCGCGGUCUCAACGUAGAACUUCGAGCUAUUGUCAACGACUCUAGUGCAUGCUUACUAUCGGAGUCGUAUAACCACCCCACAACGAGAUUCGGUCUCAUCCUUGGUACUGGCGUCAACCUCGCUGCCUAUCUUCCUGUAUCCGCCAUCGGACGUGUCAAAUUUGGCGAGCGUCCUCCCCAAUGGUUCGAGAAAGCGACACAUGUCAUCAUCAACAGCGAGAUCAGCAUGAUGGGACGUGAUAUCUUGCCCUUGACAAGAUGGGACCGGCAAUUAUUGGUGAAUCACUCCCGACCUGAGUUUCAGCCUCUAGAGCACAUGGUCAGCGGCAUGUAUCUGGGCGAGAUUUGCAGAUUGGCACUUGUUGAGGCGAUUGAGUCGACUGGGGUUUUUGGAGGUGUUGUUCCUGUGUCCCUGGAGAAACCUUACUCGUUCUCAACCGAGACACUUUCUAUCAUUGAGAGGUGAGUUUUAGACUCAAGAUUGUCCAGCUUCAGCAUGCUAACGAUCAUAGGGAUACAAGCUCUGAUGCCGAAGAGGCACGCAAGCAAUUUUCCUCUCGCCACCCAUCGAGCCAACCCCCCACAGGUGCUGAUCUAUCAUUCCUCAAGCAACUAGCCGGUCUAAUCUCCAGGCGCUCAAGUGCGCUUGUUGCUGCUGGCGUACACGCUUUCUGGAACUUGCGCAUCGACAGCCAGAACAAGUUCGUGUCCACACUAUCACCCGAAUCAUCUGAGCGAGACAGCGCCGAAGCAGACCGUGACCUGGCUGAGACGACAGUAGCCUACAACGGCGGUGUUAUUGAGAGCUACCCUGGCUAUCUUGAUAGUUGUCAGUCGUAUCUAAAUGACUUGGUAGCGGCUGACAAGAUGGAAAAGUCUGGAAACAGAACAAUCAAGCUUGUGUCAGCAAAGGAGAGCUCCCUGAUGGGAGCAGCAGUGGCCUUGGCCUCUUUGGAGGAGGUCGUAGAGGGGCCAUUGGGCGUGGUUGGCUAAAGAAAAGGAACGGGUAUACGCCAUUUUAAUGUCACGUUAUAGCAUUGCAUCGGUGUUGGGCGUUUUGGUUUUUGAGAUGAAAAUAUCUUUGGAUGAUUUCUUACGGAGAAUAUAUUCGGAUGAUGAACUUGGGACGGAGAUGUUGAUACUAUAUUAAUACAGCCCUUAGACACACGUGUCCCUGGGAACUGCUCAUGAUAGCCUUAGGCCCCAAAAUGUGAUUCUCCAGUCUUGAAUGAUAGUCAUAUCAAAAGAUCUGCUAUCACAAUAA